ACCACACACCGCGGUGGCUUUAUGCCUUGGGCGGGAAAAGGUUCUGGCGUGCGAAUGGUCAAGGUUCAGGCCAAACCGGCACGACUUUCUGUAUCGUGGCAUCAACACAGUCCCUGACAAAGCGCUAAAUACAGAAGCUGCUGACAUAAUAAGUGCGUUUCUACGCCAUUGUACAUACUACGUGCCGUGUUGACUGCGCUGCUGAGUGGGCAUGGCCCUUGCGCUGCUCGCGUUCGCUCUGCUCCUGGCGCCGGCCCUGACUCUAUCUUUUGAAAGUUCACGAGAUGUAGGCAAAGAGCUGCGAGCGGCUGCCACGCGUAAACGUUUCGGGAGCCGAGUCCAGCCCUCGUUCACGCCGAACCUGCACUCGCUUGAGUUGCUGAUUAGCCGCGGCCACUUCUAUGCAAUCAACGUUGCAAAUAAUGUUGCCGGAGUUUCGGAUGGUGCGCCGGGCGCGCCUGAGUUUGAGCUGCUGCGGUUGAACCCGCGUGAGGUGGCGUUGCUGGCGUCCAACGCACACGGGCUCUCGCUGGCGGACGCGCUCAGCCGGAGCCUGCGGGAGCGCUACCCCGAAAGCAACACGGGCUGGGCAUACUACGCGGACACAUACACAGAGGACGGCUGGUACCGACUGGAGAUCCGCACAGACCAGGAUGCGCCCUUCCCGGAUGUGGUCAAGGCGCGCGCGGCGGGCUUCGUGGAGGGAAACCUGCAGGCGCCGAACAUGUACAGGUUUUGGAGCAACUACCGAAAGAACCAAUACGCGGGCCGCGGUGAGGCGCCGUCUAAGGAGCUGUUCGCUUUCCUGGACGAGCAGUAUGCCUGGAUGACCAAGAGGGUAGAGGCGGCCACGGGCUGGAGCCUAGCACACCUGCGCGGCCAGCUGCCGCUGCCUCACACCGCCACAGGCGGCAGCAGCAGCAGCAAUGCCGGCUUCGGCAGUAGCACUCGGGUUCGGGGCGCAGAUUACGGCGGCGACGGACACGCGCAGGAUGUGGAGCCGCGGGUGCAUAGGUGGCGGCCGCAGGACGAUGACGCCGGAAGCGGCCCUCGCGGCGGCGGCGCUGGUGGCGACUGGGACCGGCGCUAUUGGUCUGUGGCGGGGCUGGUGGCGGCGCAGUUUGAGGGCCUGGCUGCGGGCUUCUGGGCGUCAACGACCGACCCAGCCCGCAACAUGACCUGGCAUGAGCUGUACACGCUGAACGCAGUUGGGGACUUGUACGAGCUCAAUGUGUUGUUCCCACCGCCAAACGCCACCGCCGUUGCGGGCGCAGCCUCUGCCGUCGGGGCCGAGCAGCAGCAGCAGCAGCAGCAGGAGGAGGAGGCGCCAGAGCGGCACUACACGCCCGGGCACGGCGAGGUGGGCGAGUAUGGCUAUGGCGAGCUGUUGGACUGCUCCGCCAUCAUCAAGGUCGCGGAUGUGGAUCCGGAAUCGGAUCUUGCGCUGGAUUCCGGUACGGAGUCAGCGGACGGCCCCACGGCCCUUGGAGCCCGGCUGCUGGGCCGGCGCGGCGGGGCGGCGAGUGCCCGGCGGCGUGGGCUGUUGGGUGUCGAGGAGGAGGUGAUAGAUAUGGAGGAGAAGGGCGAGGGUGUGCGGCGCCGGCACGGUCGGGAUUUUUGGGCCGCACACAACACGUGGCGGUCAUACUACGACAUGGUCCGCACGUGGAAGGUGUACGACUUCCCCUGGUCCGUCACCGGGCCAGUGGUUGUGUCCAGCUCGCCGGGACUGCUGCACUCCAAGGACGAUUGGUACACGACCGACAGCCUGGUGGUGAUGGAGACCACCAACGGCAUCUACAACAAGUCGCUCUACGACGCCAUCCAGCCCCAUGCGCUGCUCAUGUGGCAGCGCGCCCAGGUUGCAAACUUCGGCGCUGCUGGUGGCGCGGACUGGGUGGACUUAUUCGCACGCCACAACAGCGGCACCUACAACAACCAGUGGAUGGUGCUGGACGUGGAGCUGCUGCAGCGCGGCCACGAGCGCGAGGUGCUGUGGGUGCUGGAGCAGCUGCCGGCGCUGACUGUGAGCGCGGACGUGAGCAAGGUGCUACUGGCGCAGGGCUACUGGGCCUCCUACAACGUGCCGUACUUCCCCGAGAUCUACAACCUGACCGCCUAUCCCCAGCCCAGCAUCUACCACACCUGCCCGCGUGCCCGCAUCUUCAAGCGUGAGCAGUCCCGAGUGGCCUCCACCUCCGACUUGAUGUCACUGAUGCGGCUCAACCGCUACACGGAGGACCCCGAGUCCCUCGGACUGCCCAACAACGCCAUCGCAGCCAGGUACGACCUACCCGCCCGACCCGACCCCAGCGGUGCCCCGCGCAACUACACACGGCGCGCGUACGGAGCUGUGGACGCCAAGGUUGUGGAUCUGGAUUCCUUUUUGGAGCGCCGCACCUACGUCAUCAAUGGCCCAACCUCCGACGACCAACCGAUUUUCCGUUGGUCAACCGCCGACGCAACUGUAGCGGGCGGUGUACACCACGAGGGAUGCGUUGACGAGUUCACGUUCGGCUGGCAGUCAUACGCGUCAGUCAUGGGACCCAUUUAUAAGUCAGGCGCGGAGCCUGACGUCUGAAUAUGAGAGGCCAGGAGGGCAGUGCGAGGUGUGCAUGAAUGACUAGUGGUACCGGGUGAUGGAGGGCGCAGUGAGAGGAGGCAAGGAUUGUAAUUUCAAGUUGCAAGUCUGUGCGCUGGGAUGUAUCCGUUCGGUCCCUCACUGGGAAUGUGCAGUAUAGAGGUAUGAGGGCUGCCCAACUGCAUUGCAUAACCGUAGUGCUGGUGUACCCUUGGAGGUGAAUGGGUACUGGACAGGCAUUCAUUUGUACGGCUUCGCGCAGAUGUUUCAUGAUUGGUUCCCCAUUGAUUGUACUAUGAUGGCCUCGCUAAUGACGAUGCGAAUGCAUGGUGUCUGCUGGCCAGGCACACCUUGCGCGUUUUUAAGCGGUGGUGCGCGGAACUGCCCCAGGUGGGCCAGGCAUCACGUGCGUCACGUGCCCAAACAAGUAGUCCUUCCGCCGCGUACAUGGCUUUCAUAAUGCAUGGGAGCUCCUUACGCCCCUGUACUCGGAGUAGACCAAACACUUUUGCUUCAUUAAGUGGGAACGCAGCGAGGCGAUAGCGCCUCAGAUGCCCUCGCCUCGGAUGCCCCUGGUCGACCGGACAGGGACAGUCCGCUGGCGAGGAUGGGCUGUAGAUGCAUCAUGCAGUCGAAGGGACCGCGCCGUCAGGAUGCGA